ACCAAACCCAGCCCAAAAUGUCUCUGAUUCCAACUCUGUUCGGCAACAGGGGCGUGUUCGACCCCUUCUUGUCGGAUCUGUGGGCACCGAUUGGCUCCAACAGUGAAGUGUCCUCGUUCGCCAACGCGCAGGUGGACUGGAAGGAGACCCCAGAGGCGCACAUUUUCAAGGCGGAUCUGCCGGGGCUGAAGAAGGAAGAGGUGAAGGUGGAGGUGGAGGACGGCGGCGUGCUUCAGAUCAGCGGCGAGAGGGCGGUGGAGAAGGAGGAGAAGAACGAGAAGUGGCACCGCGUGGAGAGGGGGCGGGGGAAGUUCGCCAGGAGAUUCAGGGUGCCGCAGAAUGCUAAAGUUGAUGAAGUGAAGGCGUCGAUGGAGAACGGGGUUCUGACGGUCACCGUUCCCAAACUGCCGGAGAAGAAGCCGGCGAUCAAAUCGGUUGAAAUCUCCGGCUGAGAAACGAAAACUCGACUGAAAAUGAUCGCUGGAUCGAUUGUUCUCUUGUUUGGAUGUGUAAUGGAUUUCAAUAAAUCUGUGAAAAAAGUGUGUUCAAAUGUCGUAAAUGAGUCUGUUUUUUCAUAUGGUUUAAAGUUUAAUGUACUAUUUCGAUUUGGAGUGCGUUUCUUUAAGAUU